AUGCCGACGUCGAUAGCAGCACCGUCAGCUGCAUCGGAUGCGAUGGCACACGGCUCGCUUGCCUCGCUCAUCCACAAUGCGGCUCAGUCGGCUGAUUCACCCAUUUCGGCCGAUGCGCUCUCGACCAAGGAGUCGGCUUCCUACAUUCGAUCGCUCUCCAACUUCAGCCUUUCUGACUUACGAGCCCAGCCGCAGCAGCUCCAGUCCAAAUCGGAAGCGCUUCACCAGCAACUUUCGGAGCUCUGCAUCUCCCAAACCGACGCUUUCAUCCAUAUUCAGCAAGCAGAACAAGAAUUCAGCCCCUUCCUCGACUCGCUCUCCACUCAUCUCGAUGAUCUUAUCACUCAGACUUUGCCGGAUCUGCAAAAGGCCGCUGACGUCUUUGAGGCUGCCAGCAAACCCGUGCUGGCCGAACGCGAACGUCUGCAAAACGUCACCGACCAAUACGAGCGUGGCCAUCUCUCUGACCUGCUCGAAAUUCCCACGCUCAUUCACACCUGCGUCAAGGCUGGUCAGCACUCCGAUGCGAUUCAGCUAGCAGAGCAUCUCGUCGGCCUUCUCAACUCAUUAGGUGACGCUCAUGUCGCACACGAUGACCUAGGAGCUUCCGUUCACACUUCGGGCCUCAACCAUGGCCAACGCAGCACCUAUUUCUCGCUUCUCAUCGAAGCACUUUCGCACCUGUCGACCAUGAAGAACGACCUUGUAUCGAGCUUCUCCAGUCCCGGCCUCAAGCUGCCCGCAGCACGUAGAUCCGUCUCUAUCCUUCGCAAGCUCAACACCUUCGAGUCUCAGCUCUCCCAAAUUGCAGAUCGGCAUGUGGUACUGGCUUCAGCUCAGUCCAAUCUACUCGCAGUCUCACUUGGCAUGAGCGAAAAUCAGCUCUGCCUCGCGUUCCUCAAAGCAAGGAUCCGAUCCUUUUACUCUGCUCUCGACGCCAUGGGCUCUCCCUCCUCCUUCUCUAGCGAGGCCUAUCUCCGCAGGUACAUCGACCUCUGGCGCGAAGAGAUGGCCGACACUCUCGGUAUGGCCUUCCCUCUGUUCAUCGACGAGUCUUCCUCCUCUUCGCAAGCGCGGAGCAGUGAUACGUCGCAGCCUGACAUGGUCACUCCUGCUCAUCUGCUCUCGUCGUUCGCAACAUCAGGUCUCGUGCGUCUGCGCGACACUGUUUCGGUGCAGCUUCAAGUAGCCGCUCGUAAGACUGAUCCGUCUUCAUCUGCUUCGAGUAGCCUAGAGACGCUCGCCGAAACAUUGGCCAACAUCCAUACCCAGCUCAGCUACGCAUCGGUCUCUUUGACGCGAUUCGGCUUCGACUUUGGCAAGCUCCUCUUCGCUCCCGCCCUCUCUGCUGGUGCUGAGGAGACUACGACCGCCCUCAGCUCGAUAGAGGCUAUCUGGCUUGAUGUUCUGUCUCGUUCGCUGGAUCAGACUUUCGCGAGUCUGCAUGGCCAGCUCGACCAACACAUGCAGUCCAACGAGACUUCGCUUCCCUCCCGGUGGUUCACCUCCUCAAAGCUUCCGCGGUCCGCGCUGGAAGACCUCUACAGCGUCUCUGCGGACAAUGCGGAAAUGUCAGCCUACGACGACUUCUCGCGACCCAACAUCGAGCUGGUCGACUAUCCGCUAUUCGCCAAGUUGCUGAACCAGCUCAUGGACUGGAUCAACGCGCUGCAAGUCUUUGCACCUGUCUCUCUUGCCUCGAUUCUUUCGCAGACAUUGGAUCGCCAUCUGGCAAGCAUCACUCAGCGCUUGCUCACGCAAACACCCAAAUCCAUCGCCAAGCUCGACAGGAACGUGCCUUACGCCGAUCUGCUGCUGGCGGACCAAGAUGCUCAGUCUCUCCUGCUGCACCUCGACGACGAACCCGUCGUGAGACAAGGGCUCCAAAAACAGCUCAUCCAAGACCGAGAGAGUGCCAUCCUGGGCAAAGUGCUUGGCAUGUGGCAUUCCUCCGUCGUCUCGUGGACCUUGCAGGUCGUCCAAUCGCAGGUUUUCGAUCUUUCGGACGGAACAGGCGCUCGAGAAGCCGACUCAGCCUGGAAUCAGGCUCAGGAGUGGAUCAGCUCGACGCGAUCAAACAUUCUGCAAUCCAGCAAGCAGAGGCGGCUCGAUGCCACCCGAAGGCAGAAAGCUCAUGAUGAUGCAGUGGAGGCGGCACGCGUCGAGGCAGAGGAGCAGGUCCGUCGUGAAGCCGAAGAGGCGGCCAGGAAGAAGGCAGAAGAAGAAGCAAGGCAGCAGGCUGAAGCGGAAUCAAAGCGCAAGGCAGAAGAGGAGGCAAAGCGCAAGGCUGAAGAAGAGGCAGAGCGCAAGAAGAAGGCCGAGGAUGAAGCAAAGAAGAAGGCUGCGGACGAGGCUAAGAGGAAAGCCGAAGAACAGGCCAACAAGAAGGCCGAGCAAGAGGCCAAGAGGAAAGCGGAAGAAGAGGCGAGGAAGGAGGCCGAUGCCGAGGCAAAGAGAAAGGCCGAGGAGGAGGAGGAGCAGGCAAGGCUUAAGGCCGAAGAAGAGAAGAAGAAGAAGGACGAAGCUGAAGCUGCCCGCCUCAAGGCCGAAGAAGAGGAGCGACUCAAGGCCGAAGCCGAGGCUCAGGAGGCACUUGCAAGGAAGAAAACCGAGGAGAACGCUGCCGAAGCCAAAGCCGAACAAGAAGCUCGCGAAGCUGCAUCGAAGAAGAAGGCCAAGGAGGAAGCUGCAGCAGCCAAGGCUGAGGCCGAAGCUCAGCAGGCUGCUAGGAAACAAGCCGAGGAGGAAGCUGCCAGGGCCAAAGCCGAGAACGAUGACCAGGAAGCAGCGUCGAAGAAGCAGGCCGAGGAGGCAGCGGCGGCCAAAGCGGCCAAAACGAAGGCAGACGAGCUCGCGCGAUCCGAAGCAGCCGGGAAGCAGGCCCAGGAGGCUGCGAAAACCGUCGCAGAUCAACCAGCCGCAGCCGACGCCUCCAAGCACACAGAACAAGAGCCAGGCGCCGUGCCCUCUGAAGCAGCUGCGCCUCAAGCUGUUGCCCAGACCCAAGCCGAAACUCAGGUUGCGGCCGAGCCACAAGGGGCACCCUCAAUGCAGAUACCAGCUAGCGCUCCUGAGCAACGCAGCUCGUCUCCAGCACCCAAGAAGUUCAGCCUCGCCGACAAGCUUCGGCAGCGCAAAGAGGAGCGAGAUCGAGCUGCGGCGGCAGCAGCCAAGGCGGCCGAGCCGGAGGAUACCGCAAGUGCAGCUGAUCCAGCAGUCGAGCCGAAGCAAGCACAGUCUGACAGCAAGACGGGUGCUGAAGCAGAGGCAUCAAAGCAGGGAGUGCAGAAGGAGGCGUCGGCUUCACUUUCUGAGGGCACAAAGGCUGAGUCGUCCAAGGAGGGGGUGGAAGAGCCUUCUGUCUCGCAACCUGACGCCGUCGAGACUGUCAAGGCGGAGGCUGUCGGGGAAGAGGCAGCCGACGAAGGCGAAGCGGACGAAGAAGACGAUAAGGCAGCCGAUGGGGAGGAGAGCGGAGGAAACACCCCUGCUACGCCAACAACACCGAACCCGGCAGACGGCAACGGUGGCGGCAGCAGCAAGAAGAAGAAGAAAAACAAGAAGAAGAAGAAGUAG